AUGGCUGCCAAGAUUCUGCUGAGCUUGCUGCUCCUUUUCAUUGUCUCCGAAUUGGUUUUGGUCCAAUGUUCCCAGAAAAACCUCUGUCCGGUGCUGAAAAAUAACAAGUGCAAGGGAAAAGCACAGUAUCAAUGCGUCUGCGAUUUCACCUGCUCCGAAUGGGAUAAGCCCUGCAAUUGGGUCCUUAGUUGUGAGGAAGAGAUUGACGCAAUAAACGAGGUUCGCAGCAGGAAGAAUAAAUUAAUUCUCUUGAGAUUGCCCAAUCGGAAUCAUAAUGAAUGUCUGGGUAUUAAUAUCAACACGCACAAGCAUCCAAAUUGCUGCAACUUGUUCUGCCAAGCUAAUGUUAAAGAUAUGUGUUUCUAA